AUGAAGAUGCCACUGCUGGGCUGGGCUUUGUGGUCACUGCUCCUGCAUCCAGGGCUGACAUUCUCCACAACCGACCUGAUCCAGAACUGCAAUAGUGACAAAUACGAGAUCACUGUCCUAAUGAUGCAGAACUCGGCCUUUCAAGAGUCUUUGGAGAACUUGAAACUCAUCGUGGACAGGGGAGUGAAGAUUGUGAAGGAACGUCUGAGGGAAGCUGACAUAAAUGUGAAUCUGACUGCUGACUUUAUCUAUUCGGACAACUUUAUUUAUAAAUGGAAGAAUGACUGUCGAAGCAGCACCUGUGAAGGUCUAGAUCUGCUCCGGAAUAUAUCGAAAAAAGGAAGUGUGGGCUGUGUCAUCCUGGGGCCCUCGUGUACAUACUCAACCUUCCAGAUGUACUUUGACACUAACUGGGAAUAUCCCAUGAUUUCGGCUGGAAGUUUUGGAUUGUCAUGUGACUACAAGGAGACAUUAAGCAGAUUGAUGUCUCCAGCCAGGAAGCUGAUGUACUUCUUGGUGGACUUCUGGAAGCACGAUACAUUGCCAUUCAAAUCCUCUGUUUGGAACACUGCAUAUGUUUUCAAGAAUAAUAAUGAGACUGAGGACUGCUUCUGGUAUCUCAAUGCUUUAGAGGCUGGAGUUUCCUAUUUUUCUCAGCAACUUAGCUUCAAGGAAAUGUUGAGACGAGAUGAUCUGUUUCAGGAUAUUUUAACAGACCAGAACAGAAAAAGCAAUGUGAUUGUUAUGUGUGGUACACCAGACACCAUUGGCUCCCUCAAAGGUGACCGGCCAAUAGCUGAAGACACUGUCAUUAUUCUGGUGGAUCUAUUCAAUAACAAUUACUUCCAGGACAAUGUCACAGCCCCUGAUUAUAUGAAAAAUGUCCUUGUCCUGACCUUACCUCCUGAUAAUUACACUUCAGAUAACUCUACACCUGAUAGCCCAUUUAUGGUAAACAAUGACUUUAGCCUGGCCUACAUAAAUGGGGUCUUACUCUUUGGACACCUUCUAAAGACCUUUAUUGAAAAAGGACAAAAUCUUAACACCACUGAGUUUGCUCAUGCUUUCAAAAACCUCACUUUUCAAGGUUAUAUGGGCGAUGUUACCUUGGAUGACUGUGGGGAUAUUGACAACACUAUGAUGCUGCUGUAUACCUCCAUUACGACCAAUAAAUAUGAGGUUCUUUUGACCUAUAAUAAAAAUAUGACUCAUGCAGUGGAUUAUAACCCCACAUUCAUCUGGAAAGACAAUAAACUUCCGAAUGAUAUUCCAGGCCCAGGACCUCAAAUCCUGAUGAUCGCCAUCUUUACUCUCACAGGAAUCGUGGUCUUGCUCCUGUUCAUCGCUCUCAUGGUGCUAGGGAAGUAUAAAAGAGAAAAUGAACGCAGGCAGAAAAAGUGGUCCCACAUUCCUUCUGAGCAUAUCUUGCCUCUGGAGACCAAUGAGACCAACCCUGUCAGCCUCAAGAUUGAUGAUGACAGAAGACGUGACACAAUCCAAAGACUUCGACAAUGCAAAUACGACAGGAAGAGGGUGAUUCUAAAGGACCUCAAGCACAAAGAUGGCAAUUUCACUGAAAAACAGAAGAUUGAGUUAAACAAGCUGUUGCAGAUCGAUUACUACAAUCUAACCAAAUUCUAUGGCACCGUGAAGCUGGAAUCCAUGAUUUUUGGGGUGAUUGAAUACUGUGAGAGAGGAUCCCUCCGGGAGGUAUUAAAUGACACAAUUUCUUACCCUGAUGGUACAUUCAUGGACUGGGAGUUUAAGAUCUCUAUCUUGUAUGACAUUACUAAGGGGAUGUCCUAUCUACACUCCAGUAAGACAGAAGUCCAUGGCCGUCUAAAGUCCACCAACUGUGUGGUAGACAGCAGGAUGGUGGUAAAGAUCACAGACUUUGGCUGCAAUACCAUUUUACCUCCCCAAAAAGACCUGUGGACAGCUCCUGAGCACCUUCGCCAGGCCGGCACAUCCCAGAAAGGUGACGUCUAUAGUUAUGGGAUCAUCGCCCAGGAGAUCAUCCUGCGCAGAGAGACCUUCUACACACUCAGCUGCCGGGAUCCCAAUGAGAAGAUUUUCAGAGUAGAACAUUUCAAUGGAGUGAGGCCCUUCCGCCCAGAUCUCUUUCUGGAAACUGCAGACGACAAGGAGCUGGAGGUCUAUCUACUUGUCAAAAGCUGCUGGGAGGAAGAUCCAGAAAAGAGGCCUGAUUUCAAGAAAAUUGAGAGUACUCUGGCCAAGAUAUUUGGUCUUUUUCAUGACCAAAAAAAUGAAAGCUACAUGGACACCUUGAUUCACCGCCUGCAGCUAUACUCUAAAAACCUAGAACAUCUGGUGGAGGAAAGAACCCAGCUGUAUAAGGCAGAGAGGGACAGAGCAGACAGGCUCAAUUUUAUGUUGCUGCCCAGGCUAGUGGUUAAAUCUCUGAAGGAGAAAGGCAUUGUAGAGCCUGAACUCUAUGAGGAAGUUACCAUCUACUUCAGUGACAUUGUGGGGUUCACCACCAUCUGCAAACACAGCACCCCAAUGGAGGUGGUGGACAUGCUCAAUGACAUCUACAAGAGCUUUGACCACAUUCUUGAUCACCACGAUGUGUACAAGGUGGAGACCAUUGGUGAUGCCUACAUGGUGGCUAGCGGUCUACCCAAGAGGAAUGGCAACCGUCACGCGAUAGACAUUGCCAAGAUGGCGUUAGAUAUCCUCAGCUUCAUGGGGACCUUUGAGCUGGAGCAUCUUCCUGGCCUCCCAGUGUGGAUUCGCAUUGGUGUUCACUCUGGCCCCUGCGCCGCUGGAGUUGUGGGGAUCAAGAUGCCUCGCUAUUGCCUGUUUGGAGAUACCGUCAACACAGCCUCCAGGAUGGAAUCCACUGGCCUGCCCUUGAGGAUCCACGUGAGUGGCUCCACCAUUGCCAUCCUGAGGAGGACCGAGUGUCAGUUCCUGUACGAAGUCAGGGGGGAAACAUACUUAAAGGGAAGAGGCACGGAGACCACCUACUGGCUGACUGGCAUCAAGGACCAGGAGUGCAACCUGCCAACCCCUCCAUCAGUGGAGGAUCAACAGCACUUGCAAGCAGAGUUUUCAAACAUGCUGGCUAACUCCUUACAGAAGAGACAGGCUGAGGGGAUAAGAAGCCGCAGACCGCCCCGGGUAACAAGCUACAAGAAAGGCACUCUAGAAUACCUUCAGCUGACUACUGACAAGGAGACCACAUUUUUGUAA